AUGGCAGACCAGAACACCCGCGGCUUUCGGAAAUUCAUGCUGGACCCCAAAAGCUCGGUCAUGACAUACAUCGCAGACAACAUACCUCCGGAGCACAUCUCGCAUCAGCAAGGAAGCAAUGGCAGACUGCAGAACGGUGCAUUGAACGGCCAGCAGCCGAACGUACAGGACCCCAAUCGACUCCAACAGAACCAAAUCCUCAGUCAAAACCCACAGAAUCAGUCUCAAGACGCCUUCAUGCGUCCGCCUUUGCCGAAUCGACCCAGCCAAUCCAAUUCUCAGUCCUCGUCUCCACGGCCUGGUUACGCACAGCCGGUCCAAAGCUCACAAAUGCCGAUGAACACUCCAUAUAUCGCCUCGAACAUGAGCCAGGCAGACCAGGGACUGAACGGAUACUCUGGGGCUCAAAGCCAGCUUCCAGGCUCGCAACCCAUGUCGAAUCUAUCACUGGCGCAAGAAUCCAUGUCCCAGCAGGGUCCACAGGGUCAGUACUCAGCCAAUCAGAACGGCAGUCCAUCCACGGUGAUGAUGGGACAAGGGCCCCCACAGCCGGGCGCAAGACGUAGAAAUUCCCCACAAUCCGCCCCAAGGUUGUAUCACCGUAUGGCGCUGGACUUUGAGAUCACCAAGAAAGCAUUCUUCCUCGCAAAAUCCCAGAGAAAUACCCAGGAAACGGCAUCCGCAGCCUACGAGCUCGAAUCGAGCUCGCGCCGGAUAUGGGGGCUACGACACGAGCACUCGUGGGAGUUCGAAGGCUACUCCGAAGCCGGCCACGAAGCCGUGUUCGCUCACUGGCGCGCGGAAUACGAGAUGUGGGCGGACACCGUGCUCGACAUCCAGGACGGCCAGAUCCUCGCGGACGCCGCGGACGCCUCCAAGUACGGAAACGCAUCCGCGCAUCGGGACGCGGAAGGAUGGGACUCGCAACGGGGGCAGGCGCGGUCGGGGUCCCAGGAGCUGAACGGCGGGAACAGAUACCCUGGUCCGUCAUCCAUGCCGCAGGAGCAGACGCCUACUCCGCAGCAACAGGUAUUUCCCCAGCAGCAGAUGCCGCAGCCGCAAACCCUCUCAAUGAACCAACCACUACCACCAGCACAGAGCAUGCAGAACAAUCAACCACCACAGCCAAUGCCUCCCGGAGCAUUCCCUCAAAAUGAACCACCGGCACCGCUCAACGAUCCAAGCGUCCCACCCCAGCAAAGCCCACAACCGCCCCGGAUGCCAAUGGCCCAGAACCCACCGCCGAACAUGCAGCCCGGCCCCUUCACCGCCUCACCCAACAUGCCCUACGCCAACGAGACGCCAAACCCGCCCCCGCAGCAACCCAUGCCGCGACCUGGCCAUCCCCCGAACCAGCUCCCGGCUCCUUCGAACAGGCCACCGCAGCAGCAAUACACGCAGCAGCAGGCCUACGGUCCCAGAACAUCAGUGUCUCCCGCUCAAACCAUGCCCCAGGCACAGGGCCAGAACGUAGGUGUGGGUAUGGGUAUGGGUAUGGGUACGGGACCGCGGCCGACCGCGUCGCCGCGUCCCGGGCCGCAAAUGCAAAUGCAAAUGCGGCCGAGUUUGCAGGCGGGGGGGCAGAUGUCCGGGAAUGGGGGCGGGAGGUCGUAG